UUGUCUAAAAUGUCUGUUUGGAAAAAAAUAAAAAUUAAGCUUGAUGAAUUAUGCUUAGAAAGUACAUUAAAAGGAGGGCAGAGUUUUCGCUGGAAGCAAUCGGGCGAUAAUGAAUGGUCAUGUGCGUUAAAUAAUAAAUUGAUAACAUUAAAACAAGAUUGUUCAUAUGUGUAUUAUCGAGUGUAUAAAUUGGAGGAGGAAUUGGAAGAAAAUGAAGAAAAUAAUAGGGAAUUUCUUAUUGACUAUUUUAAUCUUUCAAUUUGUCUAUCAGAUUUAUACAAAGAAUGGAGUUUUAGAGAUGAGAAUUUUAGAAAACAAGGAGAAAGAUUUAAGGGUAUUAGGAUUAUGAGACAAGAUCCGUGGGAAAAUUUGAUAUGUUUUAUAUGUUCAAGUAAUAAUAAUAUUAAUCGAAUAUCAAGUAUGAUUGAAAAGCUUUGUCAUAAAUAUGGAACGUUUGUUGGAAGAAUAGGAAAAAAUGAUUAUUAUGAUUUUCCAGCACCAUCUAAACUCUCAAAACCAUCAGUUGAGUUAGAAUUGAGGGAAUUGGGUUUUGGAUAUCGAGCAAAAUUUAUACAAAAGACAGCAUGGAUUAUUGAAAAUGAAAGGCCUAAGAAAUGGCUUGAAAGUCUUAGAAAUAAGUCAUAUUAUGAGGCUAAAAACAGUCUUUGUGAAUUAAUGGGAGUAGGAUAUAAAGUUGCGGAUUGUGUGUGCCUAAUGUCUCUUGAUCAACCAUCAGCAGUUCCUAUAGAUACACAUGUAUGGCAAAUUGCUCAAAGAGAUUAUAAAUUUAAUACAAAAAAAUAUAAAACGAUUAAUAAAACACUUUAUGAAACAAUUGGGGAUUAUUAUAGAAAUUUAUGGGGAGAAUAUGCGGGCUGGGCACAAGGUGUAUUAUUUACUUCUGAUCUUUCAAUUUUUAAAAAUAGGGCUAAAAUAGAAAAAAAUUUACCAAAACUUAUAGAUCAGGAAAAAACAAAUUAUGAUAAGAUAUCCAAAAACAAUAAAUUAUAAAAUAUACCUAUAAAUUAAUUUAUAUAUCAAAAUAUUAAAAACUAUAUAAAAUCUAAUAUAAAAAAUCAAA